AAAAGCGGAAGAUAGACGAUCUUAAAGCACUUGAUGACAAAACAAUAUCUGAACAGCUUGAACAAUUCAUAGUUGAAGUUCGUAAGUUAAAUGGUCAAGAAUAUAAAGCCUCUUUACUUUAUACUGGCUUUUGCACAAUUGCACGGGGAAUUUCUGAAGCUUUUGAAAAUAUAAGAGCCAUCAAUUUAUUUGAUAAGCACAAAUUUAAAAAUUUGCAUAGAAUAUUGGAUGGUCAUAUGAAAUCAAUUGUUGAAAAAGGAGAUAAAAAUCAUAAACAAUCAGAUCCUUUAGAGACUGAUGAAAUUAAGUUAUUGCUUGACUCACCUGCAACUUCAAUUAAUGAUCCUAAAGGUGGCGACGCUAAACAUUUGAAAGCUUCUUGGCUCAAAGAGUUGGAGAAUGGCAGGAUGCAACUUGAAUUACCUAAGAAAAAAAAUUAUGCAGGUGGUAUUAAGGAUCCAUAUGCUGAAGCAUGUUCUAGCUUUAUACCACCUGACAUUUCUGGAAAUAUGUAUACACCAGUGGCAGAUAUUAAAAAGUACUUGACCAAACAUCCAAAUGAUACAGAGGAUGAUUUUUUUUUUGUUACACUAAAUACACCCAAAAAAAUUUAUUGUGACGAAUGGUAUUUACCCACUAAAUUAGGAAAAGGAUCACACGAUACAAUGAUAUAUUCAAUUUGUAAAGAUGCAAAAUUGGAUUUUAAAGGUCAUAUGAUUACGAAUCAUUCAAUACGUUCAACAGGUAUUCAUAGUCUUGUAGAAUCUGGUCGCAAGCUGGACAAUAUAUCUCAUUUAAUUCCAAUUGAAGAAGCGGAAUUUUCUAAGGCAUCAGAUUUAAUUUCAAUUAAGCAAAGUAAAACAUCUAACACACUUGAAGAUGAAACAGAUAAUCAAAAAUCAGUUGUCCCAAAAAUUUCUAUCGAAAAUUGCAGCAACAUAAGCAUUAACAUUAUAUUCAAUAAUAUUUAA